CAAAGGGCGAGAGCAAAGGAAGGAAUCACAGAUGGUCAGAUUGGCCAAGAGAGAGGGGCUGAGGGGGUGGAAUCCUAGAAGUGCAGCUGGCUCCAAAAACCACUGGCCUCCAAGCAACAACUAAAUGAGAAACAACACAGAAUGUUCUGGAGCUACAAAUCAGAGGACAGUCUUUUCUAAACCCCGCAAGACGAAAAGGAGUGGGAAGAACAUCCAUUUCUCAAGAAAUCUUUUAACAAAGCAAGUCUAUUGUUACUGAUCUCUGUUUUCAGGCGAAGAACUGAAUGAAUUGUAUUCUCUAGGAGAGCUGCAGAAUAAAUGUAAAACAAUCAUAUUGAUGUUUUGCAAUAGAUUCAGUGCAGUUAUUUUACGUGGGAGUGCAAAUAAUGUCAGACAGAGAGUUUUUUGUCCUUUUGCUUUGUUUUUGUCUGACUGUGACUUCAGUCAAGAGCCAGGGUUCACCACAGGAUGCCUUUAUAAUACAAUACCUGGAGAGGAGACUGAGUCAAAUAGAGGAGCGUCUGAAUCAAUGUGAGCAAAACACAGUGAGCAUAACCCAGAAGACAUAUGAUCUCUCCUCAGAAAUGAGAGGUCAUCUGUCCACCUUGAAUGCUAUGAGAUCAGAGGUGAGGAGCCACCUGGAAAGCAUCGCUGAGCGUGUAGAGCGAGUGGAGAGAGAGCUGGAAUAUCUCGAAAACAAGAUGCCCGCCCAAUCUGACAUUGAGAUGGAGGAGGCACUGCUCGAACAACAGAUAAAAGCAGCAGAACUGGACCAGCUAAAGAAAAGAGCUCAAAUCAAAGUAGAAAAUGAUUGCAAUGUAGCCUUGAGUCAAAUUAAGUCUCUCAAAAUUGUGAAGAAGAUAGGAGACAACGCGGGUUGCUGGUUCAAGGACCCUUCUGAUGGAUCAGCCAAGGUCUACCUGCUGAGUGGAAUUCGUAACGACACACUGUUGGAGUACGCAUCUCUACAAAGCUUCUCAGAGAAAAUCGCUGUACCCCAAGUUAAAGUGGUCAGGCUGCCUUUUACAUGGCAGGGAACAGGUCACGUGGUCUACAAUGGAUUCCUCUACUACCACAGAGCAGACACACCCAACCAGAUACUAAAAGUUGACCUGUCGAAUGGCACAGUGGUCGACAGCACCCUUCUUCCAGGCGCUGGUCGCCUCCCAGUGUACAGUCUGAACACCAACACCUACUUGGACAUGGCUGUGGAUGAACUAGGUCUUUGGGUUAUUCAUGCUGACCCAGAAUAUGGAGGAAAUUUAGUCCUAACUAAACUGGAUAAAGGAAACCUGGCAGUAGAAUACAUCUGGGAUACACAGUGUAAAAGUCAUGAUGCUGAGGGAGCGUUCAUAAUAUGUGGAACUCUUUAUGUUGUCUACAACACACGCUAUGGCGGACGGUCAACUGUACAGUGUCUCUACGAUAUCCAUGACACCAUACACAGUGCUGAAAGUCCUGUAGUGUUCUUCCCAAAGCGCUACACAAGCCACAGCAGCAUCCACUACGACCCUGGAGACAAACAGCUAUACGCCUGGGAUGAUGGCUACCAAACAAUAUAUAAAGUGGAGACACACUUCAGUGAUCAAGUUACUGCUGAAUGACAGUUUGCUUCAUCUGUUUUCCCUUUAAAAAUGAUCAUAUGCAUACCAAUUAUUACACACCACAAGUAUUCAGACAUUAAGUACAUUUAAAUCACUGUCUUUUCUCCUGGUAUUUUGCUGCCAGUAGGUCAAACAAAUGUUAGAUUUUGUAUCACAAAAAUAAAGAGCAUUUAAAAACA